AUGCGUAAUGGCGUUGGCUUCAACUCUGUAGCUGGUAGCUGCCAGAAGUUCAUCCAAUGUAUCUUUAAUCUUGAGAUGUUAAUCAGUACUAUUCUUAAAGAUUGUCCUGCUGGGCUUUUUUGGGACCAAGAUAAACUGACGUGUAAUUAUGCCUCUGAAGUGGACUGUACCGAAGAUCCAUGUUAUUCCAAACCCGAUGGUGAUAUAGCUCAUCCUACCAACUGUAGAGAAUAUUAUACGUGUUUUAAUAGUGUGUCUUUUGAGAAGUGUUGUCUACCAGGCUAUGCCUUCAAUGCUGCAGCUGGCAAAUGUGAAUCCAAUUCAGCCUGUGUUGAUUCGUGUAAAUGGGGUAAUCCAGAGGAAGGUUGUACGAGAAGAGAAAUAGCAGAUAAACACUCUUACGAACAAGCUGUUGGAGAUGAAUGGAUAGUAAUGUCAUGUCCACUUGGUGCUCUGUAUAGUCAAGAAGAGUGUAAAUGUGGUAUAUAUGAUGAAGAUUAUGUUAAUACACCCCCACCGCCAGCAGCACGAGACGCUGAAUGUAAACCAUCAGUUCAACUUUCAUUUGAUUCUGGAACGUAUGACGAAUCAGGCAAUUUCAAUUAUGUACAAAACAACGGAGUCGUCGUAGAAAGUGGAGUUGCUUAUUUCGACGGUCAAAGUUUUCUGAGGAUCCCACGCUUCGCCAAUGUUGAUUUCCGUAAGACGGUGACAAUCAAGAUGAAGUAUAAGUUGGAUGGUGCUGCUACUGGACAAGAAGCUCUGGUAACUAAUGGUGAUUGUGGAGAGAAGCAAUCUAUUUAUAUAGUAGCUGAACAGAGUCAGACAGUAUUGGGUCUUAUUUCUGCUGACAGUGCUGAUGAAAAAUCUGCUACCAUUGCUUCGUCUUCUGAUUGGAAUGAAGUAGAAUAUAAGGUAGUUGAUGGUGAAUUAAUAUCAGCUGUUAAUGGUAGACAAGCUAAUACCAUAGUUGAUGGAAUCAUCAAAAGAAAACAUUGCAGUUUACAGAUUGGUAGAGGUGAUGGUUUCGAUAACUUCAAAGGUUGGAUUGAUGAGCUCUCUGUUUAUUUGUGUGCAGCAUAAAGUGGUCCGUCAAACACUUUCCAUGUUUUUCCCCAAAAUAAUAUAAAACUUUUACAGAUGUAUUUUCUCACUAUUCAUGUAUCAUUUGCAAAUGGCAAUAAAGUUUGCUUUU